AUGGUACACCACAAAGUCACUAUUAUUGGAUCCGGUCCAGCUGCCCACACUGCUGCUAUUUACUUGGCCAGAGCAGAAAUUAAACCAACUUUAUACGAAGGUAUGUUGGCUAAUGGUAUUGCAGCUGGUGGUCAAUUGACUACAACCACUGAUAUUGAAAAUUUCCCAGGGUUCCCAAAUGGUAUUGGAGGAUCUGAAUUGAUGGAAAAAAUGAAGGAACAAUCACAAAGAUUCGGUACCGAAAUUAUCACUGAGACCAUCUCCAAAGUUGAUUUCUCCAAGAGACCUUUCAAAUUAUGGACUGAAUGGAAUGAAGAUGCAGAACCAAUCACUACUGAUGCCGUUAUUAUUGCUACUGGUGCAUCUGCCAAGAGAAUGCAUUUACCUGGGGAAGAAACUUAUUGGCAACAAGGUAUUUCUGCCUGUGCUGUUUGUGAUGGUGCUGUUCCAAUUUUCAGAAACAACCCAUUGGCUGUAAUUGGUGGUGGUGAUUCUGCUUGUGAAGAGGCCAUUUUCUUGACCAAAUAUGCUUCUAAAGUGUUUUUAUUGGUCAGAAGAGACGUUUUGAGAGCAUCCACAAUUAUGCAAAAGAGAGUCACCAACAAUGACAAAAUUGAAGUAUUAUGGAACACUGAAGCUUUGGAAGCUAAAGGUGAUGGUAAAUUAUUGAAAUCAUUAAGAGUUGUCAACAACAAAACUAAAGAAGAAAAAGAUUUACAAGUCAAUGGUUUGUUCUAUGCCAUUGGUCACAUCCCAGCCACCAAGAUUUUUGCUGACCAACUCAAGACCGACGAAGCUGGUUACAUUCAAACCACCCCAGGAACUGCUUCUACUUCCAUUGAAGGUGUGUUUGCAGCUGGUGAUGUCCAAGAUAAAAUUUAUAGACAAGCCAUUACUUCUGCUGGUAGUGGAUGUAUGGCUGCUUUGGAAUGUGAAAAAUUCAUUUCCGAACAAGAAGCUUAG